UCGAUUUGGUGGCACGUGAGUCGUAGCCAAAAAGGAGCACGGCCACAUACCAAAAUUCCACAACCCAUAACCCAAGACUCAAGGUACAAAUUCAAAGCUCCGUCUCGGUAUUACGUGUCAACACUCAAUCUCCUCGUCCUUCCUCUUCCUUUGAAUCUAUCCAUCUAUCAUCUGACGCAUCAGGGGGGUUAAGUGGUACGGCGCGAGGACUAACAUUGUAACAAAGUUCAUAUCGAUCAUGAACAGAGAGUUCUACGAGAAGUUAAUUGGGACGCCGCAGACGUAGAGAAAGACCCGGUGUCCGCGUACACGCAACUCAAUGACCAGCAAAGAGGUCAGGAGCACUCGGCGGAAUCAGAACGCACGGCGCGCGCGACUUCAUUCAUUCAUUCGUCAUCCCCUGCUUCGCGGUGAGUCAGACAGUCAGAGGUCAGACAGCACUCAACUCCGAAGAAGGGGUUGGUAUAGGCUUAGAGCUAGAGCUAGAGCCUACGUGAGGUACGUGUCGCGUCACGUUCCACCUCUUAUUGGUGUUCCAUCCUUCGAGAAGGAAGGGAACCAGGUAGCGUGAACCCAUGAGCAGCAACAAUACAAAUCGCCCAACCUGGUCACACAAAAACACGAGCAAGUCGUCUGAACAAGAUCCCAAGACCCAAGAUUUAUCGAACGAAUGAAUGAAAGAAGGUAAGAGG